CCUUUUUCAUUCAGGUAUAACACACACACACACACACACAAACACACACUCUUUUUUCUCCAAUUAUAUAUCUAAUCUUAUAUUAUUAUAAUUAAAAAAGAAAAGCUUUAAUCUUUCUAGUUGUUAGUGUCAAUAAAUCAAUUUGUGUGCCCGUUAUAAUCUCAGUGUUUGAGUUGUAGAGCCAUAAGGUGUUUUAUGUAUCGAGAGAACGUGUGUUGUAUGUUUGGAGAAAACUUAUAUGCUGUCAUGGCAUGUAAUUAACCGGGAAAAACGUUAUAGUGGCAAGUGACCCAUUGGAACAGUUAUCUUCAUGUCCAAUAAAUUGUAUUCUUCCGCAACAAUCAUGGCAUGGAAUUGGGUUAUCCAAUAUGUUGCAAAAUUCAAGGAAGUAGAUUCAUCUGUUUUAGCUGGUCUGGUGAAGAAGGCACCUGCAAUCCCGGAUGAUUUGGGAAAGGAUGCAAGGGAGAUCGUUUCUUUGAAAAUUUUGGAGAGCUUGUUUAUGUGUGGGAAGGAAGAUAUUGUUGUUCCUGAUAUUUCCCAAAAUGCUAAAAUCUCUUUUGAUCCAUCAGAGAGCUGUGAAGAUGUUUUAAACAAGAUACUAAAUGAGACAUCUGAAACAAUGACGGAGACAGAAAAGGAAAAAUGGGAUGUCCGUCCUUUCAUAUUGCAUAAAAGAGCUUCUUUGCCUGAAAGCCCUGUACUAAAGUUUAAGGAAGUACUUCUUGAAGGCGAUUACCCUCUUCUUGCAUCAUUGAAAAAAAAGAUCCAGUCAGAAGGGAUAGAUGAAAAUAGAAGUCCCGUGGUCAGUUUCAGUCCUAGUGCUCAAAAUACAGUAGCUAUGGACAACUUGGUAUCAAGACCUGGAAAAGGAAAUGGUAAACGAGAUGAAAGCAUAUUGCAACAGUCUGAUUGCACUGAAAAAGAUGCAAUGAGUAUAGACCCCCCUGCAGAAGGGUUAGAUGAAAACAUGCCAACAAAACACAUGGAUCCUUCCGUGUCAAAGGUUCUUGAAGAGAGUUGUGAUCAUACUAAUAUAGCUCAUGCUCAACAGCAGCCUCCUGUUGGCAAUGGUGUGCCUCAAGAAACAAUGGAUUCAAUGGAGAAUUUAGAGUUUGCUAGGGAAUUUAAGGACCCUGAAGAUGAUAUUCUACCAAAUGCUUCCAAUAGUCGGCCUUCUGGUGAAGGAAACUAUUCCAUGGAAACUGAUAGUGAACUUGAAGCUGCUACCGAUGGCGAGAGGUACGUUGAUGAGAGGAGUGACAUUACUGCCAAGAAGCAUGCUUUUGUGAGCUCUCAAUAUACACUCAGUCAAGAUUCCUUGGCUACACCUGAUGGCACUGAGAUAUGUUUAUGUAUGAAGUGUAACAGAAGUGGUCAGUUAUUGGUUUGUGGUUCUGAUGCUUGCCCAAUCAGAGUUCACGAGAGCUGUUUAGGUUCUGCAGCCGCAUUUGAUGAAAAUGGAAUCUUUUUUUGCCCAUUCUGUGCAUAUUCUCAUGCAAUUUCAAAGUAUCUGGAAGUUAAGAAAAGGGCUUCCUUGAAUAGGAAAGAUUUACAAGCUUUUUUAGGCUCAGUGGUCAAACAUAGACCAAAGACAUCCUCUAAAAAAGGAGCUUACUUGGAUACAAAUGAAUCGCGAGAAAUUGGGGCUGAGGGAAAAAAUCUUGAAGAAAAUAACAAUGAAGAUACACCAAAUAGAGGUAAAGAAGAUUGUGCACCAGCCGACUCACUUCAUCAGACAAUAUCCAGCCCUCGCAAAGGUAAACCAUCACAUAAUGAAAAAAGCACACCGAUGUCCUUGGUGGCUGGUCAGUCAAGAAGACGAAGUAAGAGUGAAUCGCCGCAGAAAUUUCCAACAAUUACCUUAGCACGAAGAAAUAAACUCCAAUGGUCGAAACCAGAGGAGGAUAUGCUCAAGAAAGGGGUGAAGAAGUUCUCAAUCGCCAAUAAUAAAGUAAUUCCAUGGAAGGAGAUCUUAGAUUUUGGACAUGACAUUUUUGACAGAAGUCGGACGACGAUAGACUUAAAGGAUAAAUGGAGAAACAUGUGCAAAGAAAAGGAGGCGUCAAAGAAACAAAAACUAUAGUGUAUGAAAUAUAAAAUAUCUAAUGAUCAUCCUUUAAUGUUUCUUAACAAAGCUUUUGUUAUAGGUCUGUAAAUAUGCUUCAGUUGUUUCAGAGGUAUCAUUUUAGAGCGAGUGUCUUAUUGAUUUGAUUCGAGGUGUGGUUUAUAGAAUCAUAGGGAUUUUUAGGCGUUUGGUGUUCGUAUUCUCGACCUUGCUAGUUUUAGUAUGCAUUUAAACAUAUGCCGUUCCCAGAAGAAAAAUAAAGUUAUUGCCGUUUUUGCUAA